AUGAAGUACUGCGCGAACUGUUGGUGUUACGUGUGCGAUUUGAAAGCGCCGUGUACGCAUUGGGCGCAGCAUUGCGGCGCUUAUCCGUGCUAUAAAUGGGACGAAGCGAGACGAAGAAAGUUGGCCGGAUUGCCGCAGGCACCUGGGAAUGUCCCGCCGCCGGAGCCGCGGGGGUUUGGUUUUGGGGGGGCAGGCUUUGAUGAUGGCGCGAGGAGGUUAGUAGUCCAUGGGGUUCAUGUGAAUCAUCUUGCUCAGAUCAACGCGUUUGCGUCAAAUAGAGAUAUGGACGAACUGAGAGUUUUGUGCCCCGAGGGACAUCACGACUUGUAUAGAAUCAGGAAUAAAUGCGAGCAACUGUUCCUUCUACUCCAAUACGAUGGACUCGGAAAGAAUCGAUAUGCUGUCAUUACUCGGAAAUCGUAUGAAUUAUCGCACGAUGGACGUUUUCUCAGUGGAUCACAAAAUGGACAAACUCGUAAUGCAACAUCGGAACAAGUUCUGCGGAGACUGAAGGAGAAGGACAAUGGCAAUUGGGUUUACUUCCCGACGAGUCCUCAAUUCCAAGCGGCGUGGAAAGGCGCCUUGGGAGGGGGGAAUCUCGGCGUCAGUUGGUGGGGAAUUGGAUAUUACAAGCUGAACGCACCGGAGCAGAUUUACAGUGGACACUUUCAAAAGUACGACGAUAUCCCGGAAGAUCGCUUCCCGAGAAGCGCAGACGACUUCGAUGACUAUCAAAAAGUCUUUGCACAAGUUCAGGCUUUGGUGGGAGGUGCGCCGCAGCAAGUUGCGAAUAGGGACAAACCUACGACGUUAAUUCAGCACAUCGCGCGAGUAAAAAUCACUGAAGCAUCUGAUUACAACGACAAGACCAAAGUAUACGAAGUACUCGCCGCCCGCGCGUGUAUGCGACUUGUUCACAAAAACGAAUCUGCGUACAAGAAUCGCAUCGGCGAAGAGCCAGACGGCUUAAUAUCGUACGUGUAUCCUCCGGUGAAAGUACAAUUACCUGAUCCAGCCGGAAUCGCAGAAGCCUUUAAAAUUGGCACCGUCUCGAUCCCAGUUCGCGCAUCCAAAGCGCGCGGAGAGGAGUUUACGGAGGAACGCAUCGCGGAGGAAUUGGCUAAAGCACCGCACGGUCAUCGAUUCAUUGAUAAAGAACGGUGUGAAAAUCACCAAAGGUUCGGAACAGAUGUAGACUUGACCAAUUUGUUUAAUUACAAACCAGACGCCGUCUAUUUGACAUCGCGAAGCGCUAGUGCGAACAGGCAUCACUUCAAGCCGUUUUUGGAGGCGAUGCCUAUUUUCUUGGAGGGAGACCCAAAGCCGCGAUCGAAAGUUCCUAUGCGCAUCUUAUUUGUCGAUGCCAGAAACGCGAAGGCGGAGUGGACGAUAUGUGACGUGAAAAAUAGCGAUAAAGUGACGAACGUUAUCGAGGAUUUAGAAGAACGAUACGAGCUGAACGAGAACGAACAGAUCGUUUUAGCAACCGUGAAGUAUAGGCCGGAGAUUGUCACCCAAGUGCCGUUCGAUAGAUAUUAUAUGAAUAACCCUCACCAUCAAGCCGGAGCCAUUUCGGAUGUUACGGGAAUUCACAACACGGAGGUAGAAAGAGAAAGACGCGCGUCUACGCUGCCAAACUAUUAUCGUCCAUUUUCGAGAACAGGAAACGAUCGCAAGGACAAUGUGGAAAAAAUUCUGGUGGCUUACAAGACGAAGAGGGCUGAAAGUUUCUGCAUCGUGCACCCGAUGUUGAAGAAAACGUUCAAGCAGCGAAUAUUGCCGUGGCAGGAACACAUGAACAGUAAAAGCGAAAUCAUCGACGAGGACGAUUUGAAGAAGGUUAAAGAAUUGGAAAACGGCGAUUAUUUACAACCGUGUUCGAUUCCGAUCAUCAUCGACGCGGAAGGCGCUGCGACGCAAAACAACAACAAAAAACAGUUUUUACGAAAAGUUCGCGCGGGCGAAAAGUAUGGUGACCCGAAAAAUAUAAACGAAUACAUUCGCACUUGUGCCAGGCACAUACAUGAUUGGGACGAAAUUGAGUUUCCAUCGAGUUUUACGAGUGAACAACGAAAAAACGUUCACGUGAGCGUUCAGCGUCUGAGCGUUCAGCGCAAUUCAGUUCUCAUCUCCACGAUGUCGCGCACGAUUGGGAACGAAAGAAUGGUUUACUUAGUGAAAGGAAAGGACGCGAAUGUGUCCAAAUUCGGCGGUAUUGACGUAAGUACUUUGCUCAGACAAAACACAGAACCUUUGUUGAAAGCUUGCGUGAAGAAAUACGUUUCGGAAGAAUCAUCGCGCAAACGGGACAGAGAUGGCGUCAAAGUAAAGAAAGAAGAAGUCGUUACGAUUUCUCACUUUUUGCACGAUAAAGUUCCUCACCUCGGCGACAAGAAUAAUUAUAAAUCGUUGAAAGAUGGUUUAGAUAAAGCGCUAACAAAUAAAAAGCAACCUCUUCAUCCCUUAAGCACGCCACGAGAUGUUCAACGGAGAGUGGAAUUUCCAGAAAUUUUCGUCACGAACGUCACGGCGAUUAUCGAGAUCGAUGACGAAAGUGUUGGAAUAUUAGCUGGCGUGAAGCGUGGUUUGCUCCCGGGCUGUGCGGAUUCAACCGCAGAGGCUAUCGAGGAUUUGAAGCAUACGGAAGAUAUCAUUGACAUGCAAAUUUGCGAGUGUCAAGCUGUUGAGCGCUCUCAGCGAAUGUGCGCUGAGAUCUUCACCGCCUCGACGACAUAUUUUGGCAGAAAGGGUGGAUACAAUGCAGUCGGAGUAGAAAAGAGAUUGGAAGGUUUCCGAACGUGUAAAAAGGAACCGGUUUUUUGCAACCAACCGGAAAUCCGAGUCGCGGCGAAAAUGCGAAAGCAAAUGCACAACAAGGGGCGCGAAAUUUGGUAUCUCGACGUCGAUAUCUACGCACGAAGGCCUGGAACUCUUGCUGACCCCAAACCGUACGCACACAAUUUUUUCCAAGAUUUAGCGUACACUCCACCCCCGGGAUGGAGAAUGCGCCUCAAUGUUCCAGUUCAAGCGUUAGGUUUGGUUGCGAAAGUGAACGAAGUGCGAGACAUGCUUGCGCCGCCUUCACUUUACAACAAUUUCAGAAAAUCGGGUGACCACGAAAGUUAUGUCGUGAGAAGAUUGAGAGUUACACUACCGCAAUUAUCGAAAAACGCUUCGUUAAAAAGAGAAGCGAGCGAAGUAGAAAAUUGCUUCAAAGUCGGACACGGCGCAGCAGGAGCGGUUGGGCUAAUGAAAGCGUUGGAGAUGCAAGAAUAUCCAUCGGUCGAACAACCUACGGGGUUGACGGUGACGAUGCACGACUACCAGAGGCAAACGUUAAAUCGAAUGCUUGAGUUAGAGAGAAUACCGGGUGGAUUUCGCGAUUUGGUGUGGUACGACGUGAGUGAUGUGAUGAAAAAUGCGUCGUUGGACGCUACGGAGGAGAGAUGGAUGUAUUCUCCCGGUUUUGAUCAAAUCGCGAAGAUUGGGUGUAUUCCCAAGACACCGAGAGGUGGCUUUCUAUGCGAAGAGAUGGGAUUAGGAAAAACUAUCGAAGUUCUCGCGUUGAUUUUGGCACAAAAACCUCCACAAGGAUGGAUUGAACACGGUGAAACGCUCGGUAAAGCUGGCGCGGUUGCAGACUGCUCGAACAUGUCGAAUGGAACGAACGUGAAGAAGCCUUAUCGUUCGGGCGCGACGCUCGUUAUUUGCGCCGUUUCGCUCGUCGGUCAAUGGAUCGACGAGGCAAAAUCAAAGCUCGACGAAGAUUCAGGUUUGCGUAUUCUCAUGUAUCAUGGACAACAACGCACGAAGAACCCGAAAAAAAUAGCGGAAGAUUACGACUUGGUUGUUACGACGUACCAAACGCUCGCAGCCGACCGCUCCAGAACGAAUCCUCUCGGUCAGAUUGAGUUUUAUCGCUUGGUCUGCGACGAGUCGCACAUGACGAAAUCUUACAACACCGGGCAGUCCAAAGCGGCUUCGGAAAUAUGCGCAGUUAGACGUUGGGCGUGUACUGGUACCCCAAUAGCUACGAAUAGCGUGGAUCUUUUUGGGCAAUUGGCGAUGCUUGGCGUUUCGCCAUGGGGAACCGAUCUCAAACGAUUUCGGGACGACUUUAACAACAUCAUCUGUACGAACGCGGGUCCGCGUCGCUAUGGGCGCAAUGACAUGACAGAGAAGUCUUCAAGAGAAAUCAAGAACGUGUUGACGGUGAUGAAACCAAUGACGAUUCGUCACACGAAGACGCAAAAACUCGGAAGAAACGCGACCAAGGACUUGCUCUCGUUGCCGCCAAAGACGGUUAUCCACGUGCCCGUAACUCUUUUACCAGAGGAGCAGCAUCUGUACGACGAAUUGCACGCGGACACGAAAGCAACGUGGGAGACGAAGUACAAGGCGAAAGGACACGCUCACGUUGCAAAGCGUACGUUUGGUAUCAUGUCCUUGUUGCUUCCCACGAGAAGAUUGUGCUCCGGCGGCCGCUUGACAACGGCGGAUUUGACCAUCAAAGAAGACGAAGGCGCUGCCGCUGCUGAAGCGAACGGCGACGCCGAAGGCGAAGGCGAUAACUUCGAGCAGCGAGGAGUUAAACGCGUCAAGAAAGAAGAAGAAGAAGAAGAAGCGGCUCCGAUGGUCCCUAAUAACGGUAACGAGGUGGAAUCCAUCGAAGCAGAAUCGAAACUUCGCGUGCUCGUGGCCGAGCUCAAAAAAAUGCGCAAAGACGACCCGACGAACAAAGCUUUGAUCUUCACGCAAUUCGCGCAAACCAUCGAAUGGUUACAAAAGCGAUUACCGGAUGAAGGAUUUGGUUUCCGAACCAUCAGUGGUUCGAUGUCCGCGAAGAAUCGCGAUAAAUCCAUCCAGGCGUUUCAAAAAGACCCGCCGACGACUGUCUUCAUUUUGUCCGUUCGUUCCGGAGCCGUUGGGAUCAACUUGACGGCCGCUUCGCACGUGUUUAUGAUCGAACCGUGCAUGAACCCGGCGCUUGAAAAUCAAGCGAUUGGCCGAGCGUGGAGAAUGGGUCAAACGAGACCGGUGACGGUAAAAAUCUUAACCGUCCAAGAUUCCAUCGAGACAAACAUCGUCAAGUUGGUCCAACAACGCACGACUGGUACAGUUGCCGAGAAAAACGACGGCGAGAACGAUGGACGACCGGAGAUAAUCGAUAUAGAGGAAGAAGAGGAGAACAUGCGUCGCGCACAAAUGAACAAAGGUGAACUCGCCGGCGCGAUUCGCGCGGAUAAGCAAAAGUUGAAGUUGGAGGAAUUUGAUCUUCUCUUUUCGCGAGGCAAUUUGCUUCCAGAGCUUCCACCCGAGGAUGAAGUUCCACACGCGAAACCCGCUCCAGCGGUGGUGGUUAAAGAUGAACCGAUGGAAGACGCGGGGCCUCGAAUUGUUGGAGGAAUGGGGUUCACGCGCAACGAUGGUAAUAAUAACGACAACGACGACAACAAUCUCGAAAACAUCGGGAAAGAUUCUCAAGAGAAGAAGGACAUCGGGUCGGAGGAGAAUAGGCAACCUCUGGCGAAAGUGCAAAAGAGAGCGUCGCUUUCCGAAACCGUGCAAAACGCGGUGGGAAGCAUGUUGGAGAAGUUUAUGUAA